AUGGACAAUAAUUCUACAAGAUAUAAUGUACAGUUAUAUAUUUACGAUUUAUCGAGGGGAAUGGCGCGCAACCUCAGUCCUAUCAUGCUGGGAAAGCAACUGGACGGUAUAUGGCACACAGCAAUAGUUGCGUAUGGAGAUGAGUUCUUUUUUGGAGGAGAAGGAAUCUCCAGUUGUUCACCUGGUGGGACAAUGCUGGGACCUCCAGACACAGUUGUGGAACUCGGUGAGACUGAAGUGUCAGAGGAAAUCUUCAUGGAAUAUCUCUCAUCCCUGGGAGAAAGCACUUACAGAGGUGACACGUAUCGGCUGUUUGAGCACAAUUGCAACACAUUCACCAACGAGGUUGCUCAGUUCCUAACUGGUGUGCCUAUCCCUUCCUACAUCACUGACCUCCCGUCCGAAGUCCUUGCCACACCAUUUGGCCAGAUAUUGCGGCCCAUUCUGGACUCCAUCCAUAUCGCCCCUCCUGGAGGCAAUGUCAUCAACGGAGGGAGAAACAUCUAA